AUUUAAACCCAAAGUAUAAUGACAGGGGUAUAUUUGGACCCAAAGUAUAACGAAUGGUAUAUUUGGCCUUUUUUCGAUAGUAAAAGGGUAUAUUUGGCCCUUUUCCGUUUAAUUUAUCGUAUUAACUUUGAUAGAAUUUUAAUUUGGGUUGAGAUAUAAUGUUACGUGUAGUGCCACUAGGCGCAUUGAGCAAUAUUCUUUUGAAUGGGGAGGGGUUUAACCUCCAAAAAUUAUAGUUCGGGGGUAACAAAACACCAGAUAAUUUAAAUAUAAAACUUAUAAAAGAAUGAUUGUUUAGUUUUUUUUUUUUAAUCUUUUUUUAUAUAUAUAUUAACUCUAAGUUAAAAUGUUAAUCUGAUUACAAAAAUUCGAAAUGCAACUUAUAUAGGUUUUGUCUUUUACUUGUGUCUAUUAGACUAAUUUUACGUUGCAUUUUUGGAGGCUUUCAACUGAAAAACUAGUUUCUGAAUUUUGUGAAAGAUUUGGAAAAACGAGUUGGGAAAUUAUCAAAAGGAGAAUUCCUUUUUUUCUUUUUCAAAAAUUACGUCGUCGUUUAAAGCAAGUCUUGCUGAUCCUCAUGGUGCACCGCGUCACAUCUAAUUCCAACCUAAUUUCCCAACACUAGAAAUUCAAAAUGUGAAGUAUACAACGGUUAUUAACUUCCCCUUUCACUCCCGCCCCUUCCUACUAUACUAUUCCAUUGUAAAACCGGUUUAUUUUCUCCUCUCUUUCAAUAAUAAUAAUAAUAAUAAUUCCUGCAAAAGGUUUCCUACGUGACGUCGCUUGGUCUAGGCCAAGCGUCGUCGUCGCGAACAAAAAAUGGACAAUAAUCCAACAGCCAUUGUGCCUUAUCAUGACCCUUUUGAUGAUUCUUCUUCUUCUGUUGCCCAAAUUUCACUCUUUGAUCAAAAUCCAACAAUUUUCAUUUCUGUUAAUGAUGAUGUUGAUGGUGGUUUUGGCGUCUCUGACUAUGAUCCAUUUGCUGAUCCAAUUUUGUUUGAUAUUCCUUAUGAAUGUAGCAAUUAUUUGGUUGGAAAUAGUACUAAUGAUGACGGUGGAGUUUCGGCGACUAAUAAUUGCCAAAUUCUAAGAGAAAUAACUCAUUCUGAUGGCUCGCAGAUAUAUAAGCUUGAAAUUUAUGGAACACUAGGAAGGAUCAGUCAUGCAGUUGUUGAGAAAUACACAAUGGAUUUUUCUUUUCAAAGCCAUGUGUCAUCCCAAACAUUUGAUUUUAGCAACGAUAGUACAAGGCAUGUGAAGCAAUUUUUAGUUCAAUAUUUUGAGGCGUGUAAGCGUGAAGGUCACAUUUUGCUGCAAGAUCCAUUCUGUGAUUUCUAUGAUGCUUUAGGUGUUGGAUCUGAUGGUGGUGAUUGUCUUGACAUUGAUAGUCUACUUCAGUUAUCUCCAACAAAUUCGCGUGAUAGCCAAAUGAACCAGCAAGAAAUGAAAAAUGAAAGCGAGGCCAAUGGAGAUGACUUGAGACAUGAAAAGAUCCCCCUUUCAGCACAGAGGGAAAGAACUGGAAAGUUGAGAUUGAAAGACUUUGCAGGAUAUCUCCAUCUUCCUAUUGAAACAGCAGCUAAGAAAUUGAAUAUAUGUCCUACCGUGAUGAAGAAGGUUUGUCGAAGGGAUGGCUUGUCAAGAUGGCCCUAUAGAAAGAUUAAAAGUGUUAGGAGGAAGAUAUCGCAGAGAGAAAAAAGUUUAAGCUCUAAUGAUGUUGAAGAGAGGGCGAGUGCAAAGGCAGACAUAGCGAAGCUGGAACAGGAACUUGCCAGCAUUUUUGAAGCAUUCGUUAACUAGUUUGAUUACUA